GCUACAUUCGGUGAGAAGCAGCCUUCAACGCUGAAUUGUGUGCAAUUCGUGUAGAGUUUAAUAGUGAAAAGUGAAAAGAAAAAUCAUAAAAAAUGCGUGCCAAAAGUAUUUUGUACUACUUUGCCAUUGGUCUAUUGAUCAUGGGAAUGUUCAUGGAAGAAGUUGAAGCAAGGCGUAAAAUUCUCAGAGGACGUAAAACAAUAACCAGACGUUACUACAGAGGCACCGCAAUUCCAGCUUGGUCAAUAGUUUUGAUGACCGGUAUUGGAAUGCUGAUUAUCGGUGCUGGUUUUUACGGCCUGCUAAAAAGGCUCAUAGUGGACAGCGUGGAUACAGACAGUUCUUACCAGCCUGCGUUGCAACAAGAAAUUUAAUUUCUACUAACACACUCAAAUAAUCACCCAUUUAUUACAUCGUCUUGAUACAUUUAAUUUUACGUCAAUAUAAUGUUAUUCUUAUUGGCGAAGAAACGAAAAUUUUUUUUUUGGAAUCCGAUCUAAAAAAUUCUCUAUUACGUCUCUGUGGCGUUCUGAUUAAACAUCAUACAAUAAAACAAAAAACUUGUUAUUCCCACUCAAGAUGAUACAAAUUUUAUUUAUACCCUUUCUAUAUUAUAUUUAUAUUUACAUGUAUAUCUUUGCCAAUAAAGAGCGAAAAAUUAGGAUUCUUUGUUUCAAUGUAGUCAUUAUUUUUUUUCUUUUAAUUUUAUUUAUACUGAUUGGACGUUAGCCUAUACUUUAGGCAGUAGCGACAAAAUCUAGGUAAUAUAUUCUACCAAUUGUAUUAAUUUUCAAAUAAUAAUGCAUGGCAUAUUAAUAAAAUUCGCCAUAAAUCAUGUAUAUAUUAAAUAAAUCACAUAUUUUGCGCAAGAUUUUGCCCCUACUUUUCGGGGACACAUAGGUAUUAAUUAUUCAUUAUAAAUAAUGUUCAAUCAAUCAUUAUUUGUCGACUUGCUGAAGCAAAUAUUCAACUCUCAAGAGCAUUGGUUGCACUUGAAAGAAAUUAUUAUGAAAAACAAAUGACCUUAUAUUCAUACGGAAAGGUAACCGCUGAUUUCCGUACAGAUCACAA